AUGGUUGCUCUGCCUCUAAGAACUGGAUCGCCCUGCUGCUCCUGCCCCGAUCUCGACGGUUCAAGGGCGAGAUAUCGCUCCAACUUGCUGAUUCACAGGUAUGGGAAGCUUGGAAACUUGGAGCUUGCACGCGAGGCUUUUGAGGCCAUCAAGCAUCCCAAUGUUUAUGACAAUGGGAGCUUGCGGGAAGCAAGAGAGGUGUUUGACAGGAUGCCUUCGACAGACAAGGACAUUGUACAAUCCUGUGUGGGCAUUUCCGGCUCGCUUUUGGCGAGGUUGGGGACUUGCAAGGAGCGCAAAAAGUAUUUGAUUCCUCUCCCGCGAGACAUCGUGUGCUGGAGCACUAUGGUAACUAACGCGUAUGCCCAGCGUGGGCAUCCGGAAGAUGCUAAGUGCCUGUUUGACAGGAUGCCUGACUGGAACAGGGUGGCCUGGUCGGCCUUGAGCUCGGCCUACGGCCAGCAGUUCCAUCUCGAGGCAGCCAUGCAGGUGUUCUUCGCGGUUUCCUGCAAUGCAGUCUUGACCGUUUACUCCAAAAGCUGCCACCUUGAGGCAGCCAUGCAGGCGUUCGACGCAAUAGCCUACCGUAAUGUGGGAUCCUGGAACUCACUGCUCGCAGCUUAUGCCGAUAACGGGAGUCUAACAAACUCAGCAAAGGUAUUUGCAAUGAUCACCUAG